UAAGAUAAUGAAAAAUACAUUAAAUAUAUUAAAUCAAAUGUAAUCCGAAGAUAUCAAUAAUUUAUAAAAGAAAGUCUCUCGUUGUUAAUCAAAGGUCUGGCUGAGGUUUUACCUUUAAAGACUUUAACUCUUCCAGCAGCUCGGAGCUAAAAGCUCAAAAUAGAGAUUUUAUUCACCCAAAGUAUUUACAAUAAUUUAGAUAAGUAAUAAAACAAGCCAAAGGGACAAAUUAGAACAACUAUAUAAACUUAACAUCAUCUCUCUAAAGUCUAAGCACAGCUUGAUUGAACAGAACUCUCAUCAACGACAUGACUACAUGUACUCUGCUGACCGCUCCAUCGUUGAUUGAAGGGGAGGGCGGACGCUCCUCCUCUGUGGUGCAGAUGUAGUGGCUCCUGAGAACACCCCUCUGGCUGUGGUAGAAUGGAACAGUCCAAUUGUCCAUUCUAAUCUACUAAACCAGGUGUGACGCAGCGGCUAGGUCUAAAGACAGAAGGAUGGUCGGCUGACAGGAAAGCUGCCAGCAUGAGAUGGAACAUCCACGGUGAGUACAGACUGAACACUUUGUAUUAAUGACAUUAAUAAAGGACCACACCUGUGUUUUAGAUCAUCCAAACACAUCCUUUAUGGAACUAGAAUGAAUGGAAAGGAUCAUGAAAUACUUGGUUAGGUUUAAUAAAGGAUGUUGAGAUACAGACUCGAUCUCUCCAAGUUUCACAGAACAAACAGUUUUCAUUUGACUUACUCCUGAUAAGGUGUUGUGUUCACUGUUCUGCAGCGAUGACAUAACUUUGAUAUCACUGAAGCAGAUAACGGCUGAACUGUGAGCUCUUUAUCUUCUGGAUACUUUGACAACAAGGACAUGUGUCCUCAGUGCAACGUGUGCUCAUCGUCAUCAAGCUUUCAGCAGACAAACCUGUCGAUGUUUGAAGAAAUGUGUAUGACAUAGAUGCUUAUCACGGAUAAAUAUGAUGGGCUUCAAUGGUGCACUAGAGAAUCCAAUAUGAAUAUAGUGAAUAAAGGCGAAAUGAAACACUUGUUUGUGGAGCGGUUCUUAAAGAGACAGGCGCUAAAACGGAGUGUUUCAGACAGAAGGUGAAUACAGCUUCAUUCAGACAGACGGUACCAGAGAAGUAACGUGUGUUUGAACAUUAAAGCAUGUAAACGUGUUCUAGUAGAAACCCAAAAUACAAAUAUGAAGCUGAAAAUAAACGCUGUGUCCCCUUUAAGACGGUUCAUGCUGCUUUGUCAUGAAGCCCUACUGGUUUGUUUUUGACCACAUGAUUAACAGCCAAUUAUACCAGUGAGUCGCCUCAGGAUACUCCAGAUAUCAAACGGGUCCUCGUGCAACGUUCCUGUGAUAUCUUUAGAAAAGUGACAUGUUUUUUGUGCGUUUUUUCUACGAAAUACAGCAAUUUGUAUCAAUUUCUGCUUGUUACAUUAACUUAACAUAAACUUCCAUCUUCACAGGAAACUACUUGGUGAGGUUUAGGAAAAGAUCCCCGGUUAAAGUAACCACAGAAGUACUAAAACUACAUUUCCCAAGUGUUGUCUACACGUAAUACAGUGAGAUGAAUGUAAACCAUUGGGUUCCAGUUUGCUGAAAUAAUAAAAAAAUAUCCUGAAUAACAGCAUUAUUUUUAAAUGAUUAGAAGUGAGCCUACUUGAAUGAAAUACAACUUCCAAAACACCGGUUGGUCCUUUUUAAUUUCUCCUUCUCUCAGUUUUACCUUCAAUCCAAAGGAAGGCAUCGAUAAUCCAGCUCUGGUCAUCACCGAUGAUCCAGACCCUCAGAGUCUGGUUCCCAGACUGUGCCACCUGAAGCGUCUGGAGGGCCAGAGCUUCGGCUUCUUCCUGCGGACGGACCAGAGCAGCCGGAGCUUUGAGGUCAGAGACGUGGAGCCGUGGAGUCCAGCGAAGCGCGGCGGCCUUCGGGACGGGGACCGAGUGCUGGAGGUCAACGAGGAGUACGUGCACAACAUGGACUUCUGCAGGGUUGUGAGGAAGAUCCAGUCCUGUGGAUUACAUCUGUUUCUGCUGGUGUUGAGAAGGGACGAGUAUGAAGAGGUACAGUAUGACGGUUAACUUUAUAAUCUACCUACUAUGCAUUCUGUCGGAAAGAGAUCAAGUGUGUCCCCAUCAUAGGCUGUAUAUAAGAAGUGGACGUAGUCAUCUUCACGUCUCAUUAGUUUGUGUCUUCAGUUCGGCAAUUUGUCCGU